AUGGCAGACUUGGAGCCAAAUCGGAUCAAAAAAAGUACUCUUCAGCUGCAACAAUUUAUUAAUGGCAUAGAAAAAAAUCUCAACCCUUUUACAACCGAUUUGGAAAGUGAACUAUUGUACAACAUUUCAAGCGGAGAAGCAGUAGCAGAGUCGAUUCGUGAUUGCUUACUUAACGUUGAAUCGAUUGGGUCCACACUCCGUCAGUCUUUCAUCGCCGAGUGUGCUGUCGAUAAGAGUCGCUUCGAGCUAGCAAUAAAACGAAAUAAAAUGUAUACAUUUACUGAUUCAAUGAAGAAGAAAAAAGUGACAGUUGCUGGGAAAGUGCAAGAAGUACGCAAGCAAAGAGACCUAUUCGGUAGAUUAUUGGGGUUGUCCUUUGAGCAGCAAAUUAACAUCGAGAAGGUUUUUACUUACCCGUUGACACCAGUACCGCUAUCACUAUGUCACAUUGAUGGCAAUAUUUGUAAGACCAAUAAAUCCAUUCUGAUGAAAUGUUUAGAGCAGAAAAUCGAAAGUGAAAAACCAGAACGAAUAGAUGCUGUGAUUAUCGAUGGAUCAAUUAAGGUCUGGUUGGAAGUUGGGGUGGGUAAUGCUCAACGGUACAUCAAUGUUACAAAAAUGUACGAAUCCCUCGGCAAAACAUUAUCCAGUUCACUGCCAGGUUUUCAUGCCUUAACUGGGUGUUAUUUUAACCCGGCGUUUUUCAGAAAAGGCAAAAAACGGCCAUUGUCAAUAUUGAAAGGCUGCGAAGAUUACCAAAAAUCCAUCAUAAACUUGGCAAAACUAGAACAAUCCGACACCCAACAAGUGUUUGAAAUUUUAGAAGUAUUCAUUUGUCAUAUGUACAGUAUGAAAAAAGUUAGGAACGUUAAUGAAGCAAGAGUCGCCAUGUUCACGAGAAUGUACGCAGAUAAUAUUUCAGGUAAUUUCUUCAAACCAAUGGUCAAAAAUUUCGACGGUUCUGCUGUACCACCUUGUCAAUCUGAAUUGCACCAGCAGAUUUUAAGGGCUUCGUACAUUUCAACCAUUUGGAGAAAUGCUCAUUCAAAGUAUCCAACGAUUCUAUCGCCUAAUGAUAGUGGCUGGGAAGAGGUGGAUGGAUUAUAUGAGUUCCGAUGGUUUGAAGGAGAUCAGCUUCCUACGUUUGUCAACGAAGUCGUUAUUCAAUCAGAUGAAGGUGAAGAUUAUAGCAACCCUGAUUCUGAUGCUGUGGAGUUUGAGAAUGGCAUUGAUGAAAUUGACGAUAGAUAUGACAAAGAUGAGGCUGAUGAUGAAUAUUAUGAUGAUAACAUCAGGCUCGAGCUAGCCUUGGCCACAGUAUUCAAAGAGAAUAAAACAAUCUAUAUAGCUGUAUAA